CAUUGGAGCAGUUGUGCUUUUCCGCUCAUAGAAUGAUUUUUCCGCAGAGAGAGAGAGGGGGAGGAAGUUUGCCGCAAUGAUUGUUACAAGACAAAUGCAUACUUUUCUCACUCCAAAGGCUUUUUCACUCCAAACAAAACGCAACGUUUCCAAUCAAUGGAGCAGUUGUGCAUCACGCCAAAGGCGGCAAAAGACUUUUAUUAGUCGUUGAUCAUUUUCUGACUUCCAAUUCAAGGAAAUUUUGUCUAGGCCGAAACUUCGCCGCUCUUGCUCUAGCUGAACGUUCUUCCUCUAAUUAUUCCAACACAAUCCCCUCAUAUAUAUUCGCAAUUCCACAGUGUAUUUAUGAUCUUUUGCGCAGUCUUUAUUAUCUGGAUGUUUUGAAUAAGACUGCCAAGCACUCUGGAAGGUUGCUUACAGUCUACAGCGUCCGUAUUCUCCUCUGCUUUCGUUAUGCAAAUGUUCUGUUUGAUGAAAAAACCCAUCUGGGUCAUCUUUUCUUUCAAGAGACAGCUGCUGCCCCCAUCAAUCCUCUAAUUUUAUUGUCAUAUAACGAUGACGGAAACCACAUUGUUCAAGAAGAAACUGGAAGGCAAAGUGGCCAUAGUCACAGGCGGUGCUAGUGGCAUUGGGGAGGCGACUGCACAUCUUUUUGCCAAGCAUGGCGCGCUUAUGGUGGUCGUUGCUGAUAUCCAAGAAGAACUAGGCCAUCAGGUUGCCAAAUCAAUUGGUUUGAACCAUUCUACAUACGUACAUUGUGACGUUACUGAUGAAGAACAGGUCAUAGCCAUGGUAGAAUCGACGGUCAAGAAUUAUGGGCAACUUGACAUCAUGUUUAGUAAUGCAGGGAUUUUUAGUAGGUCGGAUCAGACCGUACUUAACCUAGACUUGUUCGCCCUUGACCAUCUAUUUGCGAUCAAUGUACGUGGCAUGGCUGCAUGUGUAAAGCAUGCAGCACGUGCUAUGGUUGAAGGGCAUGUGAGGGGGAGCAUUGUGUGCACCGCAAGUGUUGCAGCAAAUCAGGGUUCAACCGCAAAUACUGAUUACUUCAUGUCAAAGCACGCUGUGCUUGGACUUGUUCGAUCAGCAAGCAGGCAAUUAGGGGAGCAUGGGAUUAGAGUGAACUGCGUAUCACCCUCUAUAGUUGCGACACCACUGGCAUGCAGUGUAUUGGGAAUGGAUACAGAGCAGGUGGAGAAGGCAUAUGAGCCACAUGCGAGCUUAAAAGGAGUUGUCCUAAAAGUGGGGCAUGUGGCGGAUGCAGUGCUCUUUCUUGCAUCUGAUGAUUCUGGAUUUGUGAAUGGGCACAACCUGGUGGUUGAUGGCGGCUGGGUUGACUAGGGAAUCAUGAUGAGCAUCAGUAAUUAGUGGACCUCCAAGAAUCUAAGCCACUAAAUCUGUUUGGAGACGGAAAACAACAGCUAUAGUUUAAAAAAGUGUGUAUCGAUGUUUGUAUGAUGGUGUGUACUUGUGUUUUCAAACUUGGUUCUCUCCAAUAAAGACUUCUUGUGUUCUAGAAAA